AUGCCAGCUCCAUCUGACGUUACCACUCUGCGGUCAUUCCUGGGCGCAGUUAAUUUCUACGGGAAAUUUGUCCGAGAGAUGCACCAAUUACGCCACCCUUUAGAUAAGCUUCUGAAGAAGGAUGCGAAAUUCAUUUGGACCCAGGAAUGUCAACGUGCCUUUUCAAACAUCAAGCGGAUUCUGCAAUCAAAUCUGCUCCUCACCCAUUACAAUCCGGAACACGAUAUCAUCGUGGCUGGUGAAGCAUCAAAGACCGGCAUCGGAGCCGUCAUCAUGCAUCGUUUUCCCAACGGAUCCGUGAAGGCAAUUGCUCAUGCUUCUAAGUCCCUCAAUCAAGCUGAGCAAAACUACAGCCAAAUCGAAAAGGAAGCACUUGCGUUGGUUUUCGCCUGUACCAAAUUCCAUCGCAUGCUUUGGGGCCGUCGAUUUACGUUGCAGACAGACCAUCAACCGUUGCUAAAAGUUUUCGGAUGCAAGAAGGGAAUACCAGUGCAUACUGCCAACCGACUCCAGCGUUGGGCACUCACUCUCCUGGGCUACGAUUCACGACUCAUCAACAAGCACGAGAAGCCAGACGAGGAAGCAGUCAUUGCAAUGGUUCAUGCCGAAACUGACAUCAGUUCCAGUUUACAAGACACCCUACAACACCUUCCGAUCACAUUCGAAAUGGUUCUAAAAGCUACCGCUAAGGAUCCAGUUCUUCAGAAAGUAAAGCUCUACAUUAACAACGGCUGGCCAACGCGUAGCGAAGCAAUUCCCGACACUGAGGUAAGACCAUUUUAUGGCCGUCGAGAAUCUUAUUCAUUGGUUGGCGAUUGCGUGAUGAUGAUGAACCGAGUCGUUAUUCCGAAGAGUCUCCAGAAACGGAUCCAGAAGCAAAUUCAUCAGGGUCAUCCCGGAAUCGAGCGAUCAAAAGCUAUUGCUCGAGGCAUCGUUUUCUGGCCCCAAAUCAACAACGACAUCAAAGACAACGUGCAAAGGUGCUCAAGCUGUGUCAGUGCUGCGAAAUCUCCACCUCAAGCAUCCCCACAGCCGUGGCCAUCAGCAGAUGGUCCGUGGCAACGUCUUCACAUAGAUUUUGCCGGUCCUGUGGAAGGAUUCUACUAUCUGGUCGUCGUGGAUUCCUUCACAAAAUGGCCGGAAAUUCUUCAGACGAGAUCUCCCACAAGCUCUACUACAAUCGCCUUUCUCCGAGAAUGUUUUGCUCGCUUCGGAAUACCAACGCUUAUCGUGACUGACAACGGUAGCCAAUUCGUUAGCGCUAUGUUUCGGAAGUUUUGCGAGGAGUUAGGAGUCGUUCACCUACGUACAGCACCGUAUCAUCCGCAAUCCAAUGGCCAAGCGGAACGGUUUGUGGACACUCUGAAACGAUCUUUGAAGAAAAUCAUCGGGGGAGGAGAGACAUCAACUGCAACAGCACUUCAAAAGUUCCUGCACAUCUAUCGUUCUACACAGUCCGCAGUGCUAGGUGGGAAAUCACCCGACAAUAUGAUGCUAGGACGUUCCAUGCGCACAAUUUUGGAUCUUCUGCGCCCAACGUGUCCACCUGUCAGACAGCAAUUCAAGCGCAACCGAACGUUCGAAGUUGGGUCUCCUGUUUACGCCAAGGUGUAUUCAACAAACGAUGAAUGGAAGUGGAUGCCAGGUGUGGUCCUCGAAAGAAUCGGCAACGUCAACUAUAACGUUCUCCUGGAUCAUCAAGUUGGCCGACGAAAGGUUCUUCGAUCCCAUCUAGACCAGAUGAAGAUUCGCUCCAGCGAUGAACCUUCAGCAGCAGAGGCUCCAAUUCAAUUGAACAUCUUGAUGGAAGAGUUUAAUCUUCAGCAACCAACGAUUCCUGUACCGUUCGAUGGCAGAAAUGGGUCUGCCACAGUCGUUCAACAACCAACCGACAUCGUACCAGAAGAACAACUAUUCAUUCCUGACAAUCUUCCUGAACAUGACGAGGUCCCGCAAAUAGACGACAGUUAUCCUGAUCUUGAAGGAACACUUCGGCCCGACUUCCAGGAACCUGGUCCAUCUUCGUGUUCAACUCCAUUACAACAACGUCCCCGGCAAUCCGUGCGUCUUCCAAGGAAGCUAGAUGACUACAUCUGCUAUUAG